AUGCGCGCCACGAAGGUUGUCCUUUUAAUUUUAAUUUCAGUGGCGUGUACUGGUGCCGUUGAUGUAAAAUAUUUAAGCAAAGUUCAGACUUUGGUAAAACAAUAUUUAAGUGAAUUUAGCGUUAAUAGUACCAAUAAAUGUAUAAGAUAUGUUGCAAGUUUGCCAAUUUCUUCCAAGUUAAUAUUAUUUGAUUCAAGUGCAAAAGUUCCCAAUGGAAUUCUCAACCUAAAUCUCAAUGAUUUAGGAAGUUACGACGAGUGCUUAAACAUUCGUGAAACAAUACACAAUGAAACACUUAAUGGAAAAUAUUGUUUGGGCACUUUUAAAUUUCAACUUGGAGAACUUUAUAAACAGUUUAGUAGUUUUCAAUCAGUUUUGGAAGAAAAUAAUAGAACAGAAGAUGCUAAUAUAGCAUUAAGCUUUUAUCUAGGUUAUUGCUUGUUGGACGUCUGUAGCCCAGAAGAUUUUCACACAAUUUUACCCUGGGCUACAUUUGAAGAUAAAUAUUGCUAUUCCAAAGCAAAAGAACAUGAUUUCGAUACAUGGGAUAUAACAGCUAUAUUUAUAUUUGCUUUUUUCGCAGCAAUUGUUUUAUUGUCAACAAUAUAUGAUUUAUAUUUAUAUUACACAGAAACAAAACCCUCUUAUAUUAUACUUAUCGCAUUUUCCCUGUGGACAAACGGGAGGAAAAUAUUCACACCAACUUCAAGUUCGGAUCAGCUAACUUGCAUAAACGGUAUUAAAGCUAUUAGCAUAUCAUGGAUAGUUUAUGGUCAUGUGAAUUUGUAUCUGCUUUAUUUUUCUGUGGACAAUCUAAAGGAUAUGGUGCUCUAUUCCAAAGAUAAAAAGAACAUGCACAUUAUGGCUGCCUCGUUGACUGUUGAUACUUUUUUGGCUGUUGGUGGGUUGUUGCUGGUUUAUACCAUUAUAAAAGCAAGUGAUAAAGGACUUAAACUUAAUGUUCCAAUGAUGAUUCUACAUAGAUAUUUAAGGUUGACACCCGCCUUAGCAGCAAUGCUACUGUUUCAAAGUACUCUGUUUCGAUAUGUCAGUAGUGGUCCCAAUGCUGGUGCAGUAGACGACCUUAUUAAACCUUGUAGAACUUAUUGGUGGUCUGUUUUACUUUAUGUUCAGAACUGGUUUAAUGUAAAUGAUAUAUGCAUUGGCCAGUCUUGGUACCUCUCCGUGGAUAUGCAAAUAUUUAUAUUAACACCAUUGGUUUUAAUACCUUUAAUAAAAUGGCGAAAACUGGGCAUAAUGCUUUUAAUUGGUUUGACUAUAGCUGGAAUUGCAAUUCCAUUUGGUGUGACCUAUGCAUUGGACCUAAAAAGUUCAAUGGCAGCUGAUGAACAGCUGGAUUCUUUUGAUUACAUGGACUACUAUUACGAGCAAUCUUAUGCCAGAUUUGGGCCUUAUGUAAUAGGAAUGAUUUUUGGUUAUAUUAUUUACAUGUUGAAAUAUAAAAACUUGAGCGAUGGGAAGUUAUCAUCCAGUAAAUUAAUGAUACUGGCUUUAUGGUGUAUAUCUCUAUGUGGACUUUUUGCAUGUACCUAUGGAAAUGCAGGGGUUUUUACUGGUUCUACAACUGAUAUAAUAUCGAGAUCAUUUCAUAAUGGUUUAAAUAGAAACGCCUGGGCUUUUGCUGUGUGUUUAAUAAUAUCUUUAUGUGCACUAGGAUAUGGAGGUCCAGUAAACGCGUUUCUAUCAUUGCCCAUUUUUCAAGUUUUGGCCAAAAUAUCUUACGCUAUAUAUUUGACACACAUCUCCGUUAUACAGAUGAGACUCAUGAACGAGAAGAUUGUAGAACACUUUUCAUCAAGGGAUAUUAUAAAUGACUUUUGGGCUGACUUUAUGAAUACCAUAAUAAUAUCAUUUUUUUUCACAGCCGUUUUUGAAUCUCCUAUAAUAACAAUUGAAAAAAUUAUUUUUGGUGAGAACUACAUUUUGAGAGCUUUAUAUUUUUAUUUAAUUUUUUUUACAGGAAGUAAGACGCAAUCAAAAAAUAAGAAAACUAAAUUUUGUAAAUGA